GGCUGCAAGAUAAUUGUGAUGAAAUAAUGAGUGAAGCAACACCAUUUCUUGAAGAUGCAAAUGAAAAAUUGAAUGCACUAAAACCAUCUGACAUGACAAAUUUGAAGGGAAUGAAGCAACCCCCAGAUGGAGUAAGAGUGGUCAUGACUGCAGUUUGUCUAUUGAAAGAUGUGAAACCUGACAGAAUUACUGAUCCAGCCUCUGGAAAGAAAUCAAAUGACUACUGGGGACCAGCUAAAAAGCUUCUUGCAGAUUUUCGCUUUCUAUUCAACCUUAAAACAUUUGACAAAGACAAUAUAUCUCCCGCCGUUAUGAAGAAAGUUCGAGCUGAAAUAAAAAAACCAGAGUUUAAUGCUCAAGCUAUAGCAAAAGCAUCAAAGGCUGCUGAAGCAAUAUGUCUGUGGGUGACAGCAAUGGAUGUAUAUGAGCGUGUUUCCAAGGUAUUAGAACCAAAAAAAGUAGUAUUAGCAGAAGCUGAAGCAGUCCUACAAGAACUCAGCACUGUUUUAUCUGGCGAAGAAGAGAAGCAGAAGGAUCUUGAAGCUAAAUUAUUAGAACUGAACAGAGUGCGUGAGGAAACUGCUGAUCAUAAAGCUGACCUUGAAGCUAGAGAAGCUGAGGCAGACAGCAAGUGGCAGCGAGCUGACAGACUUAUUCGAAGCCUUGAAGGAGAGAGAAUUCAUUGGACAGAAGCAUCUGACUCAUUGCAGCUCGCGCUUGAUAACCUGCCUGGCAAUGUUUUAGUAUCUUGUGGAGUUAUGGCAUACCUUUCACCUUUCACAUCAGUGUACAGGACUAAAUGCAUUGAAGACUGGCAUGCCUACAUUGUUAGAAGUGGCAUCCCAAGUUCAGCUGUCUAUGAUUUUGUGCAAGCCCUGGGGCUCGAUCUAAAAACCCGUUCAUGGAUAAUUGCUGGGCUUCCUCGAGACCAUUUUACACUUGAAAGUGCAGUUAUUGUUGAUAAUUCACAAAGGUAA